UGGAGGCACAAGUUCCUUCUUCCCCAGCCUCAGCUUCAAUUCUCAAAGAGUCUGGGCUGUGUUCUGCUGCUACAGCCAUGGCACCCAAAAAGAGCAAGACCACCAAGAAAAGUAAAGGAGACAUAAAUGAAAUGACCAUCAUGGUUGAGGACAGCCCCAUCACCAAGAUCAACGGGUUAAAUACUCUGUUGGAAGGAGGAAAUGGUUUCAACUGCAUCUCAACUGAAGUCACUGACUCAGUGUACGCCCCGAAUCUCCUGGAGGGUCUGAGCAGCAUGAGGCAAGACAGCUUCCUCUGCGAUCUGACAGUAACCACCAAGUCCAAGUCGUUCGACGUGCACAAGGUCGUCAUGGCCUCCUGCAGCGAGUACAUUCGAAACAUUCUGAAGAAGGACUCCACCCUCCAGACGAUUGACCUGACUGACCUCUCACCGGUCGGCCUCGCCACUGCCAUUACGUAUGCAUACUCCGGAAAGCUGACCCUGUCACUCUACAGCAUCGGCAGCACGAUCGCCGCGGCCAUCCUGCUGCAGAUCGGCACCCUGGUGAAAAUGUGCAGCGACUUCCUCAUGCAGGAGCUCAGCGUGGAGAAUUGCAUGUACGUGGCCAAUAUUGCCGACGCCUACAGUCUCAAAGAAACCAAGGAGGCAGCCCAGAAGUUCAUGAGGGAGAACUUCAUUGAGUUCUCCGAGAUGGAGCAGUUCCUGAAGCUCACCUACGAGCAGAUCAGCGACUUCCUCUCAGACGACUCCCUGCAGUUGCCCUCCGAAAUCACGGCUUUCCAGAUCGCCAUGAAGUGGUUGGACUUUGACGAGAAGAGGCUGAAGUACGCAGCAGAUCUCCUGACCCACAUCCGCUUUGGCACCAUCUCUGCCCAAGACCUGGUGAAUCACGUCCAGAGCGUGCCCAGGAUGAUGCAAGACUCCGAGUGCCACCGUCUCCUUGUUGAUGCCAUGAAUUACCACCUGCUGCCAUACCAACAGAAUAUCCUCCAGUCACGCAGAACCAAGGUCCGCGGAGGCCUCAAGGUGAUUCUCACAGUUGGCGGACGUCCGGCCCUGACAGAGAAAUCUCUCAGCAAAGAUGUCCUCUACAGAGAUGCAGAUAACGUGUGGAAUAAGUUUACAGAAAUGCCGGCAAAGAGCUUUAACCAGUGUGUGGCAGUCUUGGAUGGUUUCCUGUAUGUGGCAGGUGGCGAGGACCAGAAUGAUGCAAGGAACCAGGCUAAACAUGCUGUCAGCAACUUCUGCAGAUAUGACCCCCGUUUCAACAACUGGAUUCACUUGAGCAGCAUGAUCCAAAAGCGCACCCACUUCAGCCUUAACACCUUCAAUGGCCUCUUGUUUGCCAUCGGAGGGAGAAAUGGUGAUGGCGUUCAGGCCUCUGUGGAAUGCUAUGUGCCCUCCUCCAACCAUUGGCAGAUGAAAGCUCCCAUGGAUGUGCCCCGCUGCUGUCAUGCCAGCUCGGUCAUCGAUGGAAAGAUCCUCGUGUCCGGAGGGUACAUCAACAACGCCUACUCCAGGGCUGUGUGCUUGUAUGACGCCUCCACCGACACCUGGUACGAUAAGACCAGCCUCAGCACACCUCGAGGUUGGCACUGUGGUGCCACCGUGGGAGACCGGGCCUAUGUCAUUGGCGGCAGCCAGCUGGGAGGCCGCGGGGAGAGGGUGGAUGUCCUUGCCGUCGAAUCUUACAAUUCUCACAGUGGCCAGUGGAGCUACUGCACACCCCUGCACACGGGGGUGAGCACGGCAGGUAUUUCCACUUUGAACAACAAGGUUUAUCUCCUCGGAGGUUGGAACGAGGGCGAGAAGAAAUACAAGAAAUGCAUUCAGGUUUUCAACCCCGACCUCAAUGAAUGGACUGAGGACGAUGAAUUGCCGGAAGCCACGGUCGGUAUUUCAUGCUGUGUCCUGAUCAUGCCCACACGGAAAACACGAGAGUCCAGAGCCAGUUCAGUUUCAUCUGCACCCGUCAGUAUAUAAGAGCUGAAUUGAAAGUGAUGAUGUAGUUUACAUGUCUACAGGUCUCCAGCUUGUGUGUUGCAGGAAGCUUAGUUCUCAGCUAUAACAACAGCCUCUUUUUCGGGACUAAGAUUAUCAGUUGAAAUGGGCAUCAACUUUUUUGAUGACAAAAAUGAACAAAAAUUUAAAAAAAAGCAAAUUUGGGAAGAUGGCCUUGUGAAAAAAAUGUUAAACUAAUUUUAUUGAGGCAAAAUUAAGCCAGUGUUGG